AUGACGUGGGCAAAGAUGAAGAAGGCUCUCAAGAAGAAGUAUUUGCUAGAUCAUUAUUGGCAAGAUGCUUUAUUUAAGUUCCACAACUUUCGGCAAAACGAACUUUCUAUGGAGGAGUACACGGUAGAAUUUUAUCAUUCUAUGAUGUGUUGUCCUAUUGUAGAACAGGAAGAGCAAAUGGUAGCCUGUUACCUUGGAGGGUUACAUUCCGAAAUAGGAAAUGUUGUACAAUUACAGCCUUACUGGACUUACAAUGAUGUUUGUAAGCUAGCACUUAAGGUGGACAAACAAUUGAAGGAAGAGCGCAGGAAUACCUAUCGACCUUUCAAUCAAGGAGGAAUCACCAACCGAGGGAGUAGUUCUACUACCAAGGCCACGCCAUAUCCCAAGGUUGCAGCUGCCAAACCAGACAAGGGUGAAGCCAAACAACCAAUCAAGAGUGAACUCCAGGAGUUUCAAAUCGCUCCAAUAUUUAUAACUCAAAUUAUUUCACUUGUUGAGGAAGACUUGGAAGAUGAUGUUGAGGAUGAACCAGUUGAUGAAGAGUCCGAGGAAGACUUGACAUAUGCGGAUCAAGGGGAGUCUCUUGUAAUUCGUAGGAUCUUGAAAUCCACCUACGCAGAAGAAGAUUGGCUUCGGAACAACAUUUUCCACACCAAGUGCACCUCUAGUGGCAAGAUGUUUGAGAGAGCUUUAUUAGAAUAUGGGGAUGGGUAUGCUCUAGUGGUAGUGGAAAAGAAAGGCUCAAUUGAAAUUCCUCUUAUUUUACAACCACUUCUUGAGAAAUUUCCUGAUGUUAUUCCGAAAGAGCUUCCACCGGGUCCCCCUCCCAUGAGAGAUAAACAACAUCACAUUGACCUUGUUCCAGGUUCCAUUCUACCUAACAAGGCGGCCUAUCGAAUGAAUCCAAGAGACCAUGAAGAGUUGCAAAGACAAGUUGAUAAGCUGAUUACCAAAGGCCUCGUGAGAGAAAGCACGAGUCCUUGCGUUGUUCUAGCACUUCUACCAAAGAAGGAUGGUUCUUGGCGUAUAUGCAUCGACAAUAGGGCUAUGAACAAGAUCACCAUAAGGUAUCGCUUUCCCAUUCUAAGGCUAGAUGAUCUUCUUGAUCAACUUCAUGGGGCCACAAUCUUCUCCUACCUGGAUCUUCAUAGUGGAUAUCAUCAAAUUCGCAUGACAGACGGUGAUGGAUGGGAGACAGCUUUUAAAACUAGAGAUGGCCUUUAUGAAUGA